AUGGCACACAUCCUGUGUGUGGCAUCUUUCUUUCUCUCUCUGACUAAGCUCAGCAUUGGCCAGAGGGAAGUAAGAGUUCAAGAAGGACCGCUGUACAGAGCCGUAGGUUACCCCGUCAGCAUUGGCUGCAAUGUAAGUGGCCAUCAGGGACCUUCUACGCAGGAUUUCCAGUGGUCUGUUUACCUGUCAACAGACCCAGAAAAGGAAAUCCAGAUCAUCAGCACCAAGGACGCCCACUUCUCUUACACGGUGUAUGCAUCCCGGGUGCAAAGCAAGGAUAUCUACAUAGAGAGGCUACGGGGCGACUCAGUCCUGCUGCACAUCUCAAAGCUCCAGAUGGGGGAUGCUGGCAACUAUGAGUGCCACACACCCAGCACUGAUGAGAAGUACUUUGGAAGUUACAGUGCCAAGACAAUUUUAACUGUGAUUCCUGACACCCUGUCUGCCACCAUGCGUAACCAGACAUUCAGUAAGGAGGAAGGUGAGUCAUUAGAACUCACCUGCGAGGCAUCCAAAGCCACAGCUCAACAUACCCACCUGUCUCUCACCUGGUACCUGCUACAGAAAGGAAGGAGCCAAGCCACCAAGAUCAUUUCUCUCUCCAAAGAUUUUAUGCUGACCCCAGGGCCCUCCUAUGUGGAUAGAUUCUCGACUGGUGAUGUGCGGCUCAACAAGCUCGGAGUGGCUUCCUUCAAACUGUCCAUAGACAGGCUCCAGCCCUCAGAUGAAGGCCAGCUGUUCUGUGAGGCCACUGAAUGGAUUCAGGAUCCAGAUGAAACUUGGACUUUAAUCACGAGAAAGCAGACAGAUCAAACAGUUCUGAGGGUCCAGCCAGCAGUGAGAGAUUUUGAAGUGAACGUCACAGCCAAGAGCCCGUCCACUGAAGGGAAACCCUUGGAACUGGUUUGCAUGGUUGUCGGCAGAAGUGGCAACCCACAGCUUGAGAGCAUUUGGUUCCUCAAUGGAAUGGAAAUUGCCCAGAUUGAUGCUGGUGGGGUCCUGGACCUGAAGAGAGACUACGGAGACAGAAUGAGCCAAGGACAGUUGCAGCUUUCCAAGUUAAACCCCCAGGCUUUCUCUCUCAAAAUCUUCUCCAUGGGCCCAAAGGACGUAGGCGCCUACAGUUGUACAGUGGCAGAGGUGAUAAGAACUCGGACUGGCUCCUGGCAGGUGCUUCAGAAAAAGCAGUCACCAGUCAGCCAGGUGCAGCUGAGGGAGCCAGCAGCAAGAAGCGUGACCAUAUCUACCGAGCAGCAGGCUGUGUGGGAAGGAGAAGUGAUCACCUUUUUCUGCAAGGCAGGUGGAGCUGCAAGUUCUCUGUCAAUGAGCUGGUGGCACAUCCCACAGGACCAGACCAGAGAGAUGCUUGUGGCUAGCAUGGGACAGGACGGCACUGUACAGCUAGGUGCCUCCUCUACGGGCCCCAGGUACCGAAGCAACACGAGGCUAGAGAAAGUGGACUGGGCCACCUUUCGGCUAGAGAUCACCUCUGCAAUGGUCACAGACAGCGGAGCCUAUGAAUGCAGAGUGUCUGAGAGACCCCAGGACCAGGUUAGGGAUCUGCAUGGGACCCAGAAGAUUUCAGUCACUGUGAAAUCUCUGAAGUCAAUUUUGCAAGUUAAUCUGAUGAGCCGUCAGCCACAGGUGAAGUUAACACGCACCUUCUACUUGUCCUGCAGAGUUGUGGGGGUCAACUAUUCUGAGCUCAGGCUGCCAUUCUCUGUGACAUGGCAGUUCCAACCAGCUGGCUCUGGAGUCUUCCAUCAGCUAAUCCGAAUCAGCCAUAACGGCACUAUCGAAUGGGGAGACUUCCUCUCCCAGUUCCACGGGAGGACGAAGGUGUCAAAGUCUCCAUUUCAUUCUCAACUCCUGAUCCACGAUGCCACUGCAGAAGAGGCGGGAGUAUACCAGUGUAAAGUGGAUGUUUAUGACAGACAAUCCCUCUGUACAAGUGGCCUGGCCAGGGUAUCUGCCACCUCUAACCCAUUGAGAAUAGCUGUCACCUUACCAGAGAACAAACUGAGCGUGAACACAGACAACCAAGUCCAAGAGCUCUCCGUCAGCUCCAACACUCAUGUAGAAUGCAGCAUCUUGUCCCGGUCCACUGGAAGCUUCCCACUAUCCAUCACUUGGUACUUUUCUCCCAUUUCCACAAAUGCAUCCUAUCUGAAGAUCCUGGAAAUGGACCAAACCAGUGUUAUACAAUAUGGGGAGAAAUAUCAAACCCCACGGAGCAAACAAAAAUUUCAUCCUGAGAAAGUCUCCCAAGACUUGUUUCUGCUGCACAUUUUGAGUAUGGAAGACAGUGAUCAGGGCCAGUACUACUGUACAGUGAAGGAAUGGCUCUUGUCUACAAAUGGCACUUGGCAAAUGUUUGGAAGAAAGAAUUCAGGACUAACAAAAUUGAAACUCAAACCCACAGGAAGUAAGGUUCGUGUCUCCAAAGUGAGCUGGUCAGGAAAUGUCACAGAGCAUGGAGAGGCAGGUUUCAACUGCAGCCUGGAUGACUCAGAGAGCGCAGCCUCGCUGUACUCUGUCACCUGGUACUGGAGCAGACAAGACACUGCAAGCCAAAUGCUGGUGCACCUACAGUACGAUGGCCUGCUGGAAUACGGGGUCGAGGGGCGCAGGAGGCGCCUGCAGUGCUACCGUUCCUCUCCCACAGACUUCGUCCUGAAGCUGCAUCUGGUGGAGAUGGAGGAUGCCGGGAUGUACUGGUGCAGGGUGGCAGAGUGGCGGCAACACAGCCAUCCAGGCAAAUGGAUCAACCAGGCCUCACAUGAGUCUCAGCGGAUGGUGCUCUGGGUGUUGCCUUCAGAGCUCACAUUCUCUUCCCGGAUCUGCUCCUCGGCAUUUUUAGUCCACUUCCUCGUCGUCUGCCCCUUCCUUGUGCUCCUCCUUCUGCUCAUCCCCCUCCUCUGCUUAUAUUGGAAGGUUAGGAAGUUGUCACGGCUGAGUUACUCACAGAAAGAAAAGGUUCUGUGGGUAGAUAUGAAAGAAACCACCAGAGGCUUGACCACAGUCGGGACAGAAGCCGGAGAGGAAGAGGAAGGCUACUGA